AUGGAAAUAGUUCAGAUAAUCUGUUUCACGGUCGCAUUACUACAGACCACUUCACUUCAUGCCCAUCUAUAAUAGACAAUGCUGUUACGACUGUUAAACUCUUUAAGCCCCAAUAUUCAAAUACCAGUUCUCCAGACUGAUCUCUAUACAUUUCCCUAAAGAAUUGGUUAAGAUAAUUUGUUUGUAGAUCAAAGAUUUUCCCAUCAGGUGAUCAUUUUUAUUAUUAAUUCUCACAACAUUUUAACUUGAUUCUGUAUGGAUUUUGUACCUAAAGGUUUUUAUAAGUGAUUUUGUAGACUCUAAUUUGAGCAGUUCUUGUGCAACUCCUUCUUGUUAAUAUCUUGACAGCUCUUUCAUAUUAUUUUCUAAAAUAUAGCUUAAUUCAUCACACAUUGUACUCACUAUUAUCUAUCUUCUCAAUGGCUUGGAGCCUUUAGCUAAUUGUCGCUCGCUUGCCCGCUUCUCGGCCUAUAAGUACGCUCCGCUCACUAAGAAACUCGUGAGGUUGACUCGCAGCAAGUCUAAGGACCGUGGGAUGUUCCAGAUACUCAUCUAAUGAUAAUAUUAGUUAGUAUCAAUACUAGGUACAGGUACCGGAAAAUGAAACGUUGUCGUUGUUGUUGAGAAACCAACUCUCCCCAGUUUGUUUCUAUAAAGGUUGUGUUUUUUUCACUUUGGAAAUAGCUACUGUAGUCAGUCCAAAAUUGUGGUGCACUUAUUUACCUAUUCACCCUUGGGAAUUUUGCUGAAAAACGCGUUUUAAAGGUAGUCGAGCCGUUUUCUGGUCACUGUCUGGCUGUUAAGAGAUAAAACAUGCCACAAAGCCCUUUACAGGUCCUGCACUUGGCGGCCUUCUUAUCAUUUUGGGCAUACGCAGGAAGCAAAGUUCCGAUGGGUUUAAUAGUGACACAGGAGUCCUGACUAUUUCUUUUCACUUUCUCUCCUCUCCACUUCUUUCGUUCUUCUUGCUUCGUUUUUUCUUUUGCCGGGCAUUUACAACUGUAGCAGGAUUCAUUUUGUCGGGAAAAGUUUUUGGGAAAGCUUUUAGGAUGAAAGGAAAGGUAGGUGGGUAGUGGAAGAAGAAUUUCAUGGGAAUUUUCGCGUCAGCUUUACUGGUUUUUUGCCUUUUCCCCAGUCUCCUUUACUGAAUCGUGCUUAUCUAGUAUGGUUUGAAAGAUCUCUUCACCCUGCACAAAGUUGUCCUUUACCGUCAACAAUUAAAAUGCCAAUAACAGUGACAUUUACAUGUUUAAGCUUGUUCCUUGUUGAAAUUUCUAUGCUAGGAGCCAGUCUCUUUGUAUGGAGACACAAAAUUCUUCUCCCUGGCCAAGCUGGAUCGCUCACUUAGCCUUUCUACAAUUAAAAAGUUCGUGGAGGAAGAAGAAGCAAAGUAAGCUGAUAACUAGCUCUAACGAAUGGUUUAAUUCUUAUAACAGUUACCUUUAAAACAAUAAUUUUACCAUACUGAUCUUUCUAGCAAUUAAUCGAAUAAAGCAAUUAUUAACAGACUUUAAGCAAAUGGUUUUCAUGGUUUUGGCGCUGUAAAUUGACUAGUCUGAAAUGUUAUACUUCUCCAACCCUAACCCGUGGGGGGCGCGGGGGAUAGCAGAGAAGUCUGAAUUCCGAGCGUUAUAAUGCCGUCCGGUGACUUCACCUACUUUUGCGAAUACGGUAGGUAUUUUCUGAUUGGCUAUUACCCUUCCGAAAACCUUCCCAAAAACAUCCCGUUUGACAGGAUAAACGAGACUUAUAAUUGCUGUGUGAAACAUGACCUUAAGGUCAGCGGAAGUUAACCUCUCCUCACAAAGUGAAGACUUAUACUAUAGUAGGAACUGAUAAAUUGACUGCCAUGGUAAAGCAGAACACACCUUUUGUCACUUGUUGUUUCUAUCAAUCGCAGGCCUAGGCCAAACGUUUAAAUUUUCAUGAGACUAAGCACACAUAGUGAGUGAACUUCAUGAAAAUUCGACGUCUGGCUUAGUUACGUUCGUCUAAAUGAGUUUGGAUCGUCCAACACGUUCUAGUAAGGAGAGGUCAGGAGAAUUCUCAGAUUAAAAGCGACUCUUCUCUUUUGAUACGUUUAAGCUCCAGCCAAGGGUGAGAAGAAUGAAUUCACUGCCUAUGUUAUGUUGUCCUUGUUAGAUCAAUUGCCCCACUCUACACUUUGACACUGUAAAACUGUCCUUUCAGGUUGCCAAGUAAACUGGUUAUAGAAUGGCCUGAGGAUGACAAGCUGGAUCCUAACUCGAAAAUCCCAGCAGGAACCACCAUAGGUGUGUACUUCUCGACAAACUCUGUUGUAUUAGACAAUUUUCUUGGUUGCUACGCAGUUUCAAUUUGAAAAUUAAAGCUGGUAGAAAAAAAUAAACGAUCUGCGGUUCCGGACUCACUCUGAGUUCAGUUCAACGGUUAGGAAAAGGCGAUUGAAAAUUAAUAUACGUAGGUCAGGUUUGAAAUGCCCUAAAUCAUUAAUUUUUCUCAGUCCUAAAGUAAUUAGAACCGCUAACUUCCCCAACGAUAGCCUGCGUCGAGAUCCCUGAUAUACACUACAUCACGUUUUUAAGUCUAGGUGUCGACUAGCAUGUCCGGCUGCAAUGCAGGCUACAACAAUGAGUGAUUAAUGUAUUCUUGGCAGUAAGCUUAUUUAUGUGGUCUCAGCCUUUUUUUUUUAAGAAAGUUGCUUUUUGGCCACCAAUAUUUGGAAAAAAAUUAGGUGAAAAAUUCGGUCGGAAAAAAAUGAGAGGUGGGGUUGUGUGGGGGGGGGGGGGGGGGCAGGCGGAUCAAUAAAACAGGAUACAAUGUCUUACCUGUCUUGAACAUGUUGAAUGUGUCACUGCAUUGUUUUGACAAGCAGAACUGAAGCAGUUUUGCCCUCUUCCCAAAGUAAUACUUGCUGUUGUUGUUGUUUGGUUUGGUUUGUUUGUGUAUUUUUUUCUUUUUCGCAAAGUUGAUUGUAACACUGCCGUUCGUCUUGUCUUUUAAAUUUCCUAUGUAUACUAGCUCCUUUGGACGAUGUUGUGGCGUCUCGCUUUCCUUAUGUUUCUACGUACGUUAACUGGUUUGCAUAAUGUUAGUCUUCCUCUUCUUUAACUUUCUCUCUGUGUUAGUUAGGCCUAGGCCAAACGUCGAACCACUUCAGUGGAUUCCGUCAACAGUCCCAGCAGUUAGAACUGCUGUACAAAACUUCAUUAUUCUCUUCGGGGGUACGUGUAGGUGUGAACGGGUUGAUACUUCUUUCACUGUAUCACUUUUCGAGGAAUAUAGCUUGCUAUGAGCCAUGGUGGCUUCACUGCCAUCUCAGAAACUUAGUGGCAACUUAAACGGUGUAUUUUCCAUUUCUUAAUCAGGUGCCAUGAAAGUGGACAUUUUAAACGGAAAGGGUGAAUCUAUGAACAAACUGCCUGGUGACAGAAGAAGAUUGUUGGUAGAGUUAAAGGUCAUUUGGCAUGGUAAGAGAUAAAUGCUUUACAUUGUAAGGAGAAGCACAUGAUUUGUGACGGUCUCGUAGUAUGCAUUGGUGGCUGCUCGUAGCAAUAAGCUUUCCUCUUUUUUUAGUCAAGUGUUGACAAAACGUUAGGUCUCCAUUGGCACAAAAUACCUCUCUCAAGAGUUAAGAAAUUCGUGUUUGCACUUGUUACUUGUGAGUACGAGGACGACAUUUAAUUUUAAGUUUUCUCGCCUAUUCUCUAAAAAUAGACACCCCAGAAAGCUUCGUUGUACUCAGCUUUUUCAUGACAACAGUUAAUCAAGUGUUGACAAAACGUUAGGUCUCCAUUCACACAAAAUAUCUCUCUCAAAAGUUAAGUUUUUUCAUCACAGAAGUUAGCACGCUUAGUUCCGUUGAAGAAGUUAAAACCCUCUCCCGACGGCUAACGAUAAAAUUCCUAAAAUUUGAUAACCUGUUUUCGUCACAACGACAUUCGCGCUUAAACUCGUGGUAGAAUGACGAUGGCUAUCACAGUUUCCCGCCAAAAUGACGUUGGUUCACGUGUACGCUAUACUUACUAUUGGGAAAAUCUCGUUCUUGUAGUCGUCCUCAUCUUAGAAUCUAAAGCUCUGUAUUUUGAUCUUAUAAGGAUCGGUAUUGUUAUUUAUUUACGUAUUUUUUGCAGGAAGUGACAAAGAUGGAGACAAAGUAAUCACUAAUCAUGUCUGUCAACAUGGAGGAAAGAGCUGGCCAUACUGGUUCAGAAAAAUGGGUAACUGAGCUAGUCUGCUGCUAUCAGCUGUGCUAUGAGAUUUAGUGGAUAGGGCUAUCCAUGCAGAGAUUAAACAACUGGGGCCAGUUGAAAACAGUGUGUGGAUUUACCUGUUCUUGCUGUUGUUUCAGAAAAUAUUACCCUGCUUGGCCCACAUACUCUUCAGCUUCAAGUGUUACUGAGUGACAGUUCAACUGCGCCAUCAGUUAAGAGUCUUCCAGUCCAUCGUAUCAAGUUUACCGUUACAGGUUUGUAAAAAAUGACCAGCCAGGGACAAUUUUAGGUUACAUUUACACUAGAUGUGACUUUUUUGGAUUCGUGACGAUUCCGAAAAAUUUGGUUACAGAUUCACUUUGUCCAGGAGGGAGGGGCCGUCUCUAGGGUAAACAUUGGUUCACUGAUCACUGCCAGUGUGACGUCACGUCAUACAUCGGUGAUUUUCAAAAUGGCGGGCAAAUUUUUUCGUUACGUUGCAAAGGAUGUCAAUUUUCUGAAUGUUUGAAUUCAUCUUUUGCCUUCUUCAAUAAGGCAGAGCUUUUGAAAAAUAACAUGGAAAUAUUCGCCAUAAGGUUCAGUCGGAAAAAGUUUCAAAAGCAUCACAUGAGGCAAAGAAAGGUACCGCGAAGUGUCUAUAAAUUGGCACAGUUUGUAUGAUCGUUUAUCGCUUUCGGGCAACGUGCGAAGUGGUGUGGAAAUAUCCUGAUCUCAGAAUAGGAGGAUUGGUUUAUGAUACAUUGAGCUUAAUGUACGCCGAGUUUCAGCGAGCCAAAGUGCGUAGUUCUUCUCAUCAAUCCCUUUAAAGUCGAUGGAAUGAAAAAAUGUGGAGACGACAUAAAUGUAAUCUGCUUACAUCAAGUCACUACCUGAUGCAACAGGUUGGCAGUAGAGAUCAGUGGUAAGUUUUGAAAUUUACUCGUUUACUUCUAACAACAGGAGACUUAUAUGUAUGUUUUGUGCAUGGAUUAACAUCAGGAAAACGUAAUUUUUUGAAUGGCAAAUAGAUAGCGGUCCUGAAAUACAUGCAGGUUAUAAAAUUAAUGUUCAGGCUCUACAAACUGCUCUCCAUAUAUUAAUGCUAGAGGGAUAACACUGCUAGGCUAGAAUCUAUGUGCAAUUGCAUUGUACAAUAUUAACUGCAAUAUUCCAUGAAAUAAUUUUUGAUCAGGGGUGCAAGGAAUCUCUGUUGUCAAAGUACAAAAUAUUAAAAUCAACAAAUUAAUACUAAUUAUUUAAGAACACUAUAAUUAUGAUAGUGUUGAAGUUUAUGUAUACAAACAGAAAUAGAUUUGAUACAUCUUUUAUGAGGGUUAUUGUUUUAUGCACUUAUUGAAACUAAUCUGUGCAACCGUCAAUCCCAAUUGUUCAGGAAGUACUGUUUCCCCAAAUUUUAAAGUGGAAAAAUCAAUUUCAAGCUUUUUGUAAGAGCCAUUGGGGGGCAGCCAGUGAGGAAUAACACGACAUGGUAUGAAUGGUAUACCUUCCUGGAUGGCCACCCAAAGACGAUGGUUUCCUUCAGUGAUAUAGGCUCUUCCAGUUGUAAGAUCACAUGAUAUUGAAAACCAUUUUUCAAAAUGAAACGUCUUACUUGUUCAAGAUGAUUGUGAUUAUUGCCAGCUUUUGGCAUGAGAGAUCUGUCAAAUUCCCUAUAUUCCCAAAGAUCUUGUGUUUUGACCAUUUGAAAUUCAUGCGAAUAAUCAAAUGCAUGAGAAAUGUAAGAUUUGGUCUGCAUUGCAUGUUUUUCACUUUCUGUGGGUUCAUCAAGUGUCACAAAGGACAUAUCUGUAUCAAUUAAUGGUUGAAAUGCUUUUGCAAAAUCAUCGUCACUACUCUCACUGUCAAUUUCUGUAGUCAUGCUUUUAAUCAACUCUUUAAAUGAUUUACACUUUGACUCUUUUUUGCCACCUUUAAUGUGUGAAGUUGUUUCUGUUCUUCCAACUUUUUGUUUUUUUGGUGGGUGCCUCUCAGGUGUGUAACCUUGCUUAGUAGGUGUGGAAGAAUGCUUCGGACUACCUCAUAACCUUUUUUGUGACAUUUGCUUGCUAUCAUGCAGCUCCACUUUAUCACAAGAGGGUUAUAUCUCAUACCUUUAGGGUGAGGCUUUUGCUUAUUUUUGGUAAGUUUUCCUUGCUUUGCAAAUUCCUCCUCCUGUUUCUUCAGUGAGGUUUAAGUGUCAGUAAGUAGAGCGUAGAGAACAGAAUUUUCAACAAGCCAAUGAUUUUCAAUGGCAAUAUCCAUUAGUUUAGCAAGGUCAGAUGAUUUGGGUUGAAAAUGUUUUGGUGCUUUCACAUUUUUUUGUUUCUCUUUUAGGUACAAACUGUAAUAUCGUUUUGCUUUUUUUUGGGUUUGAGCAACCACUUUGUGUAGAUUUUUUGCUCUGGCUAUGACUUCAGCACGUGAAAGAGUACUGAGUUUAGUGUGUGAAUCAUAGGCUGUUUUAGACUCAAAUGAUUCAGAUGAAGGAUUUGUUUUCCAAUGAAAGCGAGAUCGUAAAAUAUCUUGACAUUUGUGGCAUCUGGUUUUUGAAUGGACAGGUAGUUUGUAGGUGCAAUUUAAGCUCCUAACGCACUUGACAAUCUCUCCAUCUACAUUUGCUCCUUUUUCAUCCACAAAGUAUAAAUUUGUUUCCCUUUUUCUUUCAGCCAUAUCAACAAGGGCUGGAUCAUAUAUACCUGGACAAACCGGUAAGUUUUCAAUAGUUUUAAGUAUGACACCCAAACCAGAGUUUAAUAUGUUUUCUUGAAAAAUAUUGUGUGGGAGUUCCCCAUGGUCAAUUUUGUUACCCAAGAAUUCUACUGUAAAUGGACUAAAAUCCUUUGAAGGAAAUGUUUUUAUUUCAGAAGGAAGAAAAAGGGUUAACUCCUUCCACUUGGUUAUUACACCACCUUUUCCGAUAUUUGGAAGAGAAAAAGUAACCUUCAUGGUAUUAUCUGUAGUGUGCUGAGUAAAUGACACUGUCCAUGGAAAAAUACAUGAAAGAAUUGUUUGAAAAACUGUAUAAACUGGCAGAGGUGAUGACUGUACUUCACUGUCAUUUCCUGCAUCUACUGGUUCUUUUGGAGCAGUUUGUGUCAUUAUUUCAUUCAACACAUCUGUAAAAAUACCUGCUUUACAGUUUAAAGCAUCAGACACAGCAAAUUCUCUAUCCAAGACCAUUUUUUCUGAUAGCACAGUGGCUUGUCCUUUAGUUGGAUUAAUAGUUGUUUCUUCAAAAAACUCAUGCUUGUUGCUGUCAUUAUCUGUCGUUAUUGUGGAAAUUGAACAACCUUGUUUUUGGUAGAACAUGUUUUGAGCUUCUUUGUACUCAUGCUCUAUUUUAAUGGAUUUUAAAUAGAAAGGCUGACAUGACAUGCAUAUGUAGUCUGGAAAAGUUCCAUCACAAAGAUCUACACUAUACAAGUCAUUAUGUAAAUCAGUCUUAUUGCCAGUUCUUUCAUCCAAAAAAUUGCAUCCCACUGAAAACAUAUUUUUAAAACUAUUUAUGUGGUGUUUCUUGCAGGGAACAUCACUACUCAGGCAAACCUUGUUGCCACAUUGUGAACAAGGCACUAUACAUGGUGUAAUUUUCAGGAUGCCCAGCUGGGCAUCGCUGCGUGAUCUAGUGGAGCUUUUCCCCUUAGGAGGCUUAUGCCCUCUUGCUGAUAAACUGCCGUAAUGUUUAUCACAUACCCUAAGAUCUUUGAGAUUUUCAGGUGUAACAUCAUCAGGGGCACAUUUCAGUUCAUACUGCCCAACCAUACUAUCAAAUUUUCUUGAUCCUGCCUCAUUCUCACAUCCCUUCAGACAGCAUUGUACACCUCCCAUCAAUUGCCCAUGCAUAAAAACUGUUCCUCUUAUUUCUUCUAAAAGUAAAAAAUCAAAUAAAGGCUUUCCACAGCAUGACAACCAGUACAAAUCACUUGUUAUUCUGAAUUUAGUAUUUAUUUGAGAUCUUAGAUCUUUUAUUGUGGCAUAUGGUGCAAAAGGCAGGGUGUGUGGCUUGCCUGUUAUAUCAACAAUUUGAAUUGUUGUCAUCAACCUGUUAGAUCUUAUCUACAUGCUAAAAAGGAAACCAGGGUGGUGUAAUUCAAGCAGUCUGGCACAGGGAUAACUUAAAAGUACACCAAAUGAGAGAUAUAAAAUUGGAAAAAGGAGUGGCAUUUCUGUACAGGAUCUGGAAGUGACAUCAAAGGUCUCCCCAAAUAUAAUAAUAGUCACAACAUAUAAACCCACAAAGAAUGAAAAUGGGAGUGCAGAAAUUAUUAGCAAAAAAGCAGCAGUUGCCAAGUAAACAGGAUAUUGAAGUUCACAGUUUAAAGAACAAUUUUUUGUAAUACCAAGGUUCAGUAAAAAGCCAUGAGAAACAAAAAGGCACACGGUCAUUAGACAGGAGAAAAAAAGCUGUGAUUUUAAUCUCCAAAAAUAUUGUACCAGUGAAAAGUUGAAUUGGGGCUUUACAUGUAACAAAAUUUUGUAAACUGGAUCAAGCAAAGAUAGAAAUAAUUUCAAGAUAAUAACAGCAGGGAAUAGAAGCAUUUCUAACAAACAAUUUAAAGUUGAUCUAUACUUAAUCAUUUGCCUUAAAGAAACCAUGCACAAUACUUUCCUGUAAAACAAAAACGUCAGUGUAAAAAGAAUGGUGGUUAAGGCUAAAAGGGAAACAAGGAAGUUUGAGAGGUUGAAGUUUUGAAUUACCUUCACUUUGAAGUGGGUAAUAAAAAAGGACAAAACAGAGGAGACCAACAUUUUUACUACAUGAGAAGAUUUACUUUGUAACUCAAAGGAGUGAGGGAUUUGUGUCUCCGAAAAAGAUGGGGGCUUUGAAGGGAUGCAGAGGGCACAUGGAAGGUUUGAAAGGCCUGGGAAAGAUAUUGCAACCAUUGCAAAAACAAUAUGGACAUGCACAACAGCCAUCACAAGAUACACAAUCUUAUGAUUGUGAGGACUAAAAAGCCAAGCAAUGUCAAAAUAUAAAUCAUACAACAAGAAGCCCAUUGUCAAAUAUAUACAUAAUACAAUAUUUUUAUUCAUCAUGAUGUUUUCUUCUUCUAAAGUAAAUAAUUAUAGAUAUAUAUUAUAUAAAUAUGAUCUUACUUUAUUAAUUUUCUCCCUAAGUAAUUUUUCCUUUUUAAAAUAAUAUAACUUCUUAAAUUAAGCUAUGUACUUUUUAUUUAAAAUAUUUUUUUCUGUCUCUUUUAUAUGUCUUUAAUAUUAUUAUUAUUGUUUUUUUCUCAAGUAAUAGUCACACUAAAUUAAUUAAAAGAAUAAUCUUUUUAAAAGGCAAAUACAGAAGCCAACAACACUGCUAACAAGCAACAACAACAAUGACACAGGCAAGUAAAAUACGGGGAAAAAGCCAACAAAAAACUGCAGACAAAUGCAAAUAGCAAAUUUUACCAACAAUAACAAAACAGAAUAAAACAACCAACAGCAGUAAAUUUUCAAAGCAGUAAAGGCCAGCAAUUACUUUGAUCAAAACAGAGGGGCACCAGAUUAACCAGCAAACCUUAGACACAAGCAGUAAACAAACAAGCAAACUUAACACACAAUGACAGCGUUAAAGUCUGCAAAAUUUACCCCAGACAGUCAAGAAGCCAAGAAACCACACGCGAUUCAACACAGUAUCUUCACAUUCAAAAGGAUUGAUGAGCAAAAUGGCUCGUUACAUCAACACAAAUCAACUAUCGUAUCAAACUUCUGUUAUUAAUGAAUUAAACCUCCUCUUCUGAGGAGAUUUGGUUGGGAAUUUAAAGAGAAAACGGCUGACGUUUAGGGUGGAUUUAUCUAGUUCCGAGUUCAAAAUGGCGCCCACGUCACUGACCCGAAGUGGAUUGGAGUAGAAUUUAACACAAACGUGCGGACAAAACAAACACAGCUUUUACACACAAACAAUAUAAGCAACAAAGCUUGCACACUUACGACAAAUUGUUUUACCAACGCUGAACAAAAGCCUGUAUUAGCCCUUUCUUUGUUUAACUUCGAUGGCUUCUCCACGCUAAACUGAUCAAGCGACCCGAAGCUCUGAGUCGUUGCUAUGUGACGUCACACUGGCAUGAUGACUCGGUCACAGACAAAUACCCGAAAACAAUAGAGACGCCUCCUCCCUCCUGAUUGAACUCAACUCCCACAGUAGAUCCACGGGAAAGACUGUCAUGUGGAGAAAUUGAAAACACACGCGUAAAAUGUUAAAUAACAAAUUACUGCGGUUUGUCAAUUACCGCGGACGUUACCAUUAUAAUUCUUGUCGUUAUUAACAGCCUCGUCAGAAGUCAUAAAAUUUUCCCUGGCAUUUUCUUUUUAUUGCAAAAACCUUGAAAGGGAACAUUGUAUUUUUGAUCCACCCUGUUAAAAUAACUCGUACAUCUUUUGUUAUCUUGUUUCUUCUUUGUCAUUUCUGUUUAUUUAGAGGCUCAUCCAAACAAAUUCACUGUUGGAAUGUUGGAGACACCUCUUAGAGUUGGAGUUCCUUUCCAGGUUUUUUUUUGUUGUUUCACCCCCCUCUCCACCCUGUUUUUGAGAGGAUGUAGCUCCCGUAGGGGGUAGGGGGAGUUCUUCCUAGUAAUAGGCCAAUGGGUAUUUGCCCCUGGAUUGGGUCGCAUUUGGGUAUGUGCCCCCCUAGAUAGGGUCGCGAGGAUGUAGCUCCCAUAGGGGGAGGGUACUUCCUAGAAAUAGACCAAUGGGUAUGUGCCACUGGAUGGGGUCGCAUUUCCACGAUUGGGUUGACUAUAAUUGGGAAUAAUGGUUUUGCAUUUUCAGAAGAGUUACUAGAAUUGGGUCUCAGGUUUUCGGGAUUUUGAGGGAAAAGAAUCCUUUAUAAGAAGGGGCUUAAAAAUGGGAAGUUGGGAUUGUGAAAAUUACAUUUGCUUAAAAGUGACUAAGAGGGAGUCUAUAAUUGGCCACAGAAUGGCCAACAGUUGUGAAGGGGUUCUAAGAGGCCAGCAACUCAUAAUAAGCAAAAUAUGAUCCAAGUACCCCUAGCAAUAUGUCACUAGAGGGUGGUAUCAAGGUUUAGCUAGUCUGAAAUGGCAAAUAUAACAUACUAUGUUUUCUUGGUGGUUAAGAUUCCACUGAAUUUGCUGGAUGAGUUUGAAAACCCUUCAAAGUUAUCAGAGCAAAAAGCACUCGUGUUAAGUGCAAGGUGAGUGUAUUUUGAUAAAUUUUUAAUGAAACAUGGAUUUGUAACCUUGGUGUUAAAGUCAAUUUUGCCUUCAACAGAAUAACAUAACUUGUUUAUAUUGUUAGCGGACUGGAGUUGACUCACCAGGGAACAUCAGUGAAGGGAAUCAGCCUGAUCGUUAAGGGUGUGGUUGCCCUUGGUUCUGUACCAUCCCAUGCAGGAAAGGUGAGGGGAUUUUUGUACAAAAUCUUGGCCGAUCUGAUCUAAUUUCUCGUAAUAAAAUGGGGUACGAUGAUAUCAUCAGUAGCCUUCGUGAUUCAGAAUCUCGAACUUACGUUAAAUUUAUCUGAACAGUUUUUUGUUUGUUUGUUUGUUGUAAAAGGAGUUUAAUCUAAAGAUCGCCCUACGAAGACUUGAAGAAGGUUCACAGAGCUUGAAGAUCAGGUUACUUCGAAGUACUCUUUUGACGCCAUAUGUAGGUUGAGUUUGUCUUUGGUUCUCUCCCUUGCUCCGAGAGGUUUUUUCUCCAGGUACUCUGGUUUUUACCUCUCCUUAAAGACCUUCACUUUCAAAUUCUAAUUCGGUCUAGAACUCACGGACACGUUUCAACGAGUUCUCAAGAACUCCUAAAUGCUCCGUGGGUAAACAAAUUACAAUUUACAAUUUUCACCAGCAUGUAAAUUUUCCCUAAAAAAAUGACUCCGAGACUGUCUAAAAAGGAUGCCUUCCUUUGGGUUGAUCGGGAUCAGGAUCAGUGAUCUGGCAUCACUCGGAUCAUACUACAUUAAAUAAAACAAAGAAUCCUUUUCCAGAGUUGAUUUGUCGGUUCCUCAAAUGUGCUAUGGUCCAAGUGAUCACUGAUCCUGAUCCGGCUCACCCCAAUCGAACAAACCUUAAAAUGCAACUUAGAUGUAGGGUUUUAAUGCUAUUAAAUCAUAUUUAAUGUAGUUGACGACUAGGAGCUACGGUGUCUAGUGUUUUUGGCGUUUUUGGUGGCGUGUUGGCUGUCUGUAGCGCUGUGGCGUGAAGAUGUUUGCGUUUGUAGUGUUAACCAUUGUUCGUGAGCGUGGCGGCUGAUUCCUGUCCAGCGGUAUGUUGCUUUGGCGCAUGCGCAGGCCAUGUGCCUACGUCGGUUUGCGUUGUACUCGAAGCUUUUUUGGCGUGGCGUGGCGUUCUAGUAGCAUAGCGUUUCUCUUCCCUCCCUGCGCUUUCUUGGUUUACCAUCUCGCCCUCCGUCCCGGGUUUUUUUUCUUCGUUUCGGAGGUUUGUUCAUUUUACUUCCACUGGGCUUCUGGCCUCAGUGUGACGGGUGCCAUAGUGGGGGGCUGGGCGCGGGGGGCUCGUGGCUGGGUUGCGGGUUGGUAGGCCUGUGGGUGUUCUUCAUCCUUGGGGUGUGAGCGGUUACAGCCCCCUGGCCCAAGUUAAGGGCACCCAACCUCCACUUGUGACGCGGGCGUUAACUGAGACGUGCACGCCCCCUUCUCACUCCAAUUUUUGACGCUCUUAAGCCUGUUUCUGUUUACUGAAUCACGUUUUAUGCUGCAGGGCCACCAGAUUCCCUUGCGGUCACACCAAAUGACAGUGAGGUUACCAUUGAAAACAACAGUGCCCUGUAG